AUGAGUGAGGAAGUACUAUCAGCAUUUAAAUCUGGAGAGAGAGGAGAGGAAGAACAAUCUUCUCAGCCAGUUGAGCCUGUGGUUGCCCAGCAGCCCAGUGAGGAACAACCUCAACAAGAGGAGCCACCAACUGAAACUCAGGAUAUUGCAGCUGGUCAGGAGAGAGAAGAUGUGGGAGCACCUGAGGUUCAAGAUGAAGAGCCUGACAUAGAAGCUGAUCUCCUGGAAUUCUCUGAGGCAAAGACUGGAGGUAAACGUGGAGAUGGUCCUGAUGUCAAGGGGGAGAUUCUGUCAAAUCUAGAACCCGUUCAAGUGCCAGAAGCAGGUGAAGGGCAACCACAGGUUUAA